AUGACUCCUUCCUUUCCUAGAUCGAAUGAGCGACACAUUCUCUGGGUCUCCAUCGACGAACACACACGUCUGAUACCUGUCGAUAAGUCCAGUACAACCCACAUCACCUACCAACCAUCCCCUUCCACUGCACGCCCCCUUUACUUCCACCCCUCCUCCAUAAAACGCAUCCGCGCCCACCUCCGUAGCGAAACAAAAGGCUACCUAAACACCUUCACCUAUACAGGCAAGAUAUACUCCGCUCUCCACCAAACAAUAGUAACAACCGAGCACCUCCAUCAAACCUACCCAUUCCAAAUCACCUACCUCUCCUCCGUCUCCGCCGCCCUCUCACAUAUAUCCACGAAAACCACUGCUGAGAAGAAGAACUUGCUAAUCUGGCUCGAUGCACUACAAGACAUUCACCCUUAUACCUGGGCGCGUGCAUACGACUCCCUAACACACGAAUGCGGAGCCAUCUACCCUCCCCGCGAAGAGAUAGUGUGGGCCGAUGCCAAAAUCUACGAUAUGCUAGCGUUCGAUCGUAUCGCAGAGGAGACAGGGACGUGGAGACCGAAGACGUGUUAUCCCGGGACAACGGCUGAAUGCACCCUCUCAAGCGCUAAUACGAGUGUUAUGAAGCGUUCAAACAGCUGCGGUGGGGAUCACGUUCAGAUCCUGCGUGCUGAUGCACGUGGGGGGCCCAAGUGCACAGAAGGCAAGUAUCCAGUUGAUCAUGAGGAUGAGUUGGAUGAGACCGGGUUUUAUCGGUGGUUCCAUCAGGAUUAUGUGACUUUCUUGGUAGAUUUUGGGGAGUUUAGAGUAUUUGUUGCGACCGAAGGGUCUUCUGGUGUUGCUGCCACGAGAACACCGUACAUCGUCAAUGCCAUUCACACCCUAUGGAAGGACGAUAACGCAGAUUCGAGCACAUCCUCUACCUCCACCACAAACAUGAUUGCGCGAAACGCUACUAAACUGCCGAAAGGUUAUAGUGCGGCUAGAGUAACACCUCAGACAACAUGGCCACAGUAUCCACAGAUAAGCUACUCUACGCUAACAGCCUACGCGCUGGAUGUGUAUAAACGACUUCAAGCUACAGGUGACAUUGGUUUCAGCUCACUGAACGUAGGCGCUCGGCUUGAUAUCGGCGUUGCACCGGAUGGCAAGGGCUUUUUCGUGAAUGAGGUAACAAGAUGGUAUGGGGCGCAUCAGUUUGCCGUAGAAACGCAAGAGGAGCCGUAUGAUUCUGUUGCUCGAGCGUUUGCAAAGGCUUUCGCGGAGACAUUGGGUGCAAAGAUGAGAAAUAUAGAAGAAGUGAAUACGCGUGUGAUAGCUAAGGUGCCGUCAAGGCGCAGAACGAUAGCUGCAGAGGAGACAGUGGUGAAGAGGCCGCGGAGGAAAGGUCAUCACAACUAUGACCUGCGCAUCCUUGGUUGA